GCUGUGGGGCCAGACGGUGCACAAGAGGAAGAGGAGGAACAGCUACCCAGCAGCUCUGGUUUCCAACGUCUGCAACACCCUUUGUGUAUGACAAUUCAUUCUGAGCGCAGGACGGCUGGGGAGGGUGGGGAGUGGGGCAGGAUGAGCGUAAACAGCCCCUCGUGGGACCAGGCUGUUCUCCGGCCUCCAGUGUGUGAUGCCUGGAAGGAGAUUACGGAGGAAGCAGCCUACCAGCUGGCCAGCUGCAUUGUCCUCCUGGGUUACAUGGGGGGAAGUGGCAUCUUUGGGUCCCUCUAUAUCUUUGGCCUCCUGGCCCCAGGCUACUUCUGCUAUGCUCUGUGGGGCUGGCUGAGCGCUUGUGGGCUGGACAUCUUCAUCUGGAACAUGCUGCUGGUUCUCGCCUGCUUGCUUCAGCUGGCUCACCUGGCUUACCGGCUCCGCAGAAACACCAUCCCAGAAGAGUUUGACCUCCUCUACAAGACCAUGUACCUGCCCUUGCAGGUGCCCCAGGAAGUCUACAAAGAAAUUGUGAAAUGCUCUGAAGAGCAGGUCCAGUCGCUAGUCAGAGACCAGAAUUAUGCAGUGGAAGGCAAGACGCCCAUUGACCGCCUCUCAUUGCUGCUGUCUGGCAGGAUCCGAGUGUGCCAGGAUGGACAAUUCCUUCACUAUGUCUUUCCAUACCAGUUCCUGGACUCUCCAGAAUGGGAGUCACUGCGACCUUCUGAGGAAGGAACUUUCCAGGUCACGCUCACAGCCGAGACCGAUUGCAGCUACAUCACCUGGCCGAGGAAGAAGCUGUAUCUCCUCCUGAGGAAGGACCGCUACAUUGCCCGGCUCUUCUCCUCCCAUCUGGGCUAUGACAUCUCGGAGAAACUCUACUCCCUCAACGAGAAGCUCUUCGCCAAGUUUGGCCUUCGCUUCGACAUCCGCUUGCCUAGCCUCUACCAUGUCCUUGGGCCAGCCUCCUCCGAGGGGGAGUCGGAGGACUGUGAGGAGCUGCUGCCGGGCUCUGGCCAGGCCAGCGUCUCUGAGCCACCGCCGCAGCCGCCACCGCCGCCACCGCUGGCUCCACGCUCCCGGGCAUCCCGGCCCGACAGUGAUCUGCUGGCCUCUGAAAACCAUCUCCAGAGUUCUCACCCUCUCUGCAAAGGACGAGCCCCUCUGGCUCCCACCCAGACCCCUGAACUCUAGGGAACAACAGGCUGUUUUGAUCCCGAAGCCCCUCCAAGGGAGCAGAUGCUCACACAGGUUUUUGACCAGAGACACUCUUUAGCAUGCAGAGACGUCUGUCAGCAGAUAUCUACACUCAGGAGCACAUGAAGCACAUGCUUAAGACUGCAGUGUGACACUCCAGCACCUCCCACCCCAUGGCUGUUCACCAGAGCUGCCUUCCCCAGAGUGCUUCCACGGUCUGUUUUCUAGUCCUGCCUCUCUGAGGUUGUCAACAGCUCUGUCACCAAAGUGCACCAAUAUCCUGCAAGCCAUACCAGCCUGCUUGCAGAAUCUGUGU